AUGCGCUGCUGCUGCCGCGGCUGCUUCCUCCUCCUCGCCCUGCUGCUCCUCCCGGCAGGCACCGCGGGGAAAACCGGCCCUGGCACCGGCGUCACCGUGCAGGAGAUGCCGCGCGCCCUGAGCUCAGGCAGCAUCGUGGCCAUCACGCUGACCGUCAUCGCGACAGUGGUGCUGGUGUUCGGCGCGGCCGCCUACCUCAAGAUGAGGCACUCCUCCUACGGCCGGCUCCGGGACAGCCACGACUACGGCUCGUGGGGCAGCUACAACAACCCUCUCUACGACGACUCCUAGCAGAGGAGGCGCAGAGAGACCCUUGUUUGUGAGUGUUUCUUUGGCUCCUCUCCCGUGCGAGGCUUUCCGGAUGCUUUCCUGCCUUGGACCUGCUCUACGGUACCGGCAUCU